CCCAAGUCAUUGGCACACCAAAUUGAUUGAUUGUGACCGGAUGGCGUGGGAAGGAGCAUCAAAAUGCUUCUCUUUGGUUUUUGCUCUUCUGGUUUUUGUGCACUAGACGAAGUGAGAGGUCUUCUAAGAAGAUGUCUUAAGCCAUGCCUUCAGCUAUCCAACAAAUGGAUACGCUGCAGUUGAGAUAUGAGUAAUCCACAGGAAUUUGAAGAGGAUCUCUCGGAGUCGUCUGCAUCUGUCGAAGAGUCGAAACUGCACGCUUCGGGCAUGGAUUUCGAUGGUGAAGAUAGCAGUAAACCGGGAGAUGGUUUCGUCGCUCUCAACGUCGAAGAACUCAUCGUUAAUGCAGCUGAACGGUGGGAGCCUUCUUCUGCGAGCCCGCGAUCGCUUGUAAAGGAGGUGAAGAAGAAUCUAUCAAGAAAUGGAUCAGAGGCGGGCGGUGGCGGAGGAAGACAAUCCGUCGCGUUGUCAACCGUAGGUGGGCCCACAGGGAGGGACGAACAUCCAAGAACGGUACACGUGGCGAUCGCGGCGGCGGGAGGGCGGUGCAGGAGAGCAGGCGGCCGACUGCGGCCGUCGCGGUGGUGCAAUCCGAGGCGAGUCCUGUUCGUCUUCGCCUCCUUGUCCUGCAUGGGAACACUGAUACUAGUCUAUUUCACCAUGGCUAUGGGCAGGAUGACCACCACCGCUUCUGGUGAUCCUAACUGAUGCGAAGAAGACAGCUGAGUCCCUCAUAUCCCACUUGUUUGUGCCAAGAAACAAAAGAAUAGAAAACAGAGAAAGGAGUUUGAAACUGGUAGGAUGAUACGUAGAGAGACACGAGAGAGAGAGAGAGAGAGGAGAGAGAGAGAGAUGUGCGGUGUAUAUAGUGCAUAAAAUUUGAUGCAUAUCUAAUUAUUUGGAGAUGAAGCUCCAAUGCCUUC